AUGUCAGGGAACAACAUCAAGGUGGUUUGUCGCUUCCGACCGCAGAACAAGCUUGAAAUCAAAGAAGGCGGUCAGCCCAUCAUUGACAUUGAUGACGAAGGAACUUCUGUCAAGCUUAAUGGGAAAGACGUAAAGCAAACAUAUGCAUUCGAUAAAGUCUUUGGCUGGAAGACACGACAAGAAGACAUCUUCAACUACUCCAUCAAAUCCAUUGUCGAUGAUGUUGUGUCUGGGUAUAAUGGUACUGUCUUUGCCUAUGGACAAACCGGUUCCGGUAAAACAUAUACGAUGAUGGGAUCAGAUAUCGACGAUCAUGAAAACAAAGGCAUUAUCCCCCGUAUCGUCGAGCAGAUCUUUACAAGCAUCAUGGAAUCACCACCAAACAUGGAGUUUACAGUCAAGGUUUCCUACAUGGAAAUUUACAUGGAGAAAGUGCGAGACUUGUUGAAUCCCCAGCAUGAUAAUUUACCAAUCCAUGAAGACAAAGUCAAAGGCGUCUAUGUGAAGGGUGUCCUUGAAGUGUACGUUUCGUCUACCGAGGAAGUCUAUGAAGUAAUGCGGCGUGGUAGCAACAAUCGAGUGGUAGCAUAUACAAACAUGAAUGCCGAAAGUUCUCGAAGUCAUUCGCUUGUAAUGAUUACUAUUACGCAAAAGAAUGUGGAUACUGGUGCUGCCAAGAGUGGAAAGCUUUAUCUGGUGGAUCUUGCUGGUUCUGAAAAAGUGGGCAAGACUGGUGCUUCUGGACAAACGCUUGAAGAAGCCAAGAAGAUCAACAAAUCUCUUACUGCACUUGGCAUGGUUAUUAACGCCCUUACGGAUGGAAAGUCGAGCCAUAUUCCAUAUCGUGAUUCCAAGUUGACACGUAUCCUACAAGAAUCUCUCGGUGGCAAUUCACGCACAACACUUAUCAUCAAUUGCUCGCCUUCAUCUUAUAACGAAGCAGAGACUGUAUCAACUUUGCGUUUCGGUGUGCGUGCCAAGACAAUCAAGAACAAAGCCAAGGUCAACGCUGAUCUAUCACCUGCUGAAUUGAAGGCUUUGCUCAAAAAAGUCAAAAGUGAUACUGUAUCAUAUCAACAAUACAUCUCGGCUCUUGAAGGUGAAAUCACUGUAUGGCGAUCAGGUGGCAAGGUUCCCGAAGCGCAGUGGGCUUCUCCUGAUAAGAAGAACAAUGUACCUAUACCAGCAGCCCGUGCCAUCACUGAUGCUGGCGCAGCCGACUCUACAUCGUCCUCUCGUCCUUCGACCCCAGCCCCUGCAGCCUUGGAUCCAAGUGAGCGUGAAGAGCUCGUGAAGCGUGAACAGGAACUCGUUGAGCAGAUUUCAGAGAAAGAAACAGAGCUUGCAAGUCGCGAGAAGCAGUUACAAGAUAUGCAAAACGAAUUAAGUCAACUCAAAGAGCACGACAAAAAGUACAGCUUAGAGAAUCAGCAGAUGACAAGUGAACUCAGCGAGGUCAAGAUGCAACUGGAGAAAGUUACAUACGAGAACAAGGAGAGUACAAUCAACGUGGAUUCGCUCAAGGAAGCAAAUCAAGAGUUGGAUAUGGAGCUACAGGAGCUUCGAAAGACUUUGGCCCAAGUUCGAGAUGCGACCAAGGUGGACAAUGAGGAUCAAGCCGAAAAACAAGAGCUGUCCCCUGCAGACAAUACCACAAAGACACUUGUCGAUGAUGACAAUAUUGAGGACUAUACCAUGUCACCGGAGCAACUGGCUGUGCUGCGACAAGAACUUUCUGAAUGCAAAGCGGUGGUGGAAAAGCAUCAAGAGACCAUUCACAAUCUAAAUCGAGAUAAGGAGGGACUUGCAACAAAGAGCAGCGAACUCGAACGCCGAUUAAUGACACUUGAGAGCGAAUACGAAGAGCUUUUAGACAAAACAAUUGCGGAUGAAGAGCAUGAUGCGAAUAUUGAAGAUACAAUUGCUGAACUUAAGGCUAAGCUUGAGUCGCAGUACUUGGCGAAAAAAGAAAUGCAAGAGCGGGAGAUCAAUGAUUUGCGUCAAGAGCUUGAGCAAAAAACGAAUGAGGAGGACAAGCUAUCAGCUACAAUGAAGGAACUUCAACAAGUACACGAUGACUUGCAGGCUGCGAUUAUGAAACGCAAGGCAGCAGUAGACUCAUCUGCGACAACCACGUCGACUGAAGAUAAAGAAAAGGAUUUGGAACGGAUGCGUAAAUCUAUGGCGCAACAGCUGGCUGACUUUGAAGUAAUGAAGAAAGCUCUCAUGCGUGAUCUACAAAGCCGAUGUGAACGGGUGGUGGAACUCGAGAUCUCCUUGGAUGAAACCCGUGAGCAAUACAACACUGUGCUAAGAGCUACCAACAAUAAGGCACAGCAAAAGAAGAUGGCCUUCUUGGAACGUAACCUGGAGCAAUUGACCAAUGUUCAACGUCAGCUUGUGGAGCAAAACACACAAUUGAAGCGGGAGGCAGCAUUAGCUGAUCGUAAGCUAUCGGCCAGAAAUGAACGUAUCCAAAAUCUGGAGGAUUUGUUGCAAGAGGCUAAACAACGACUACUUACGCAGAAUGAAAAGUUUGACCAACAGCUCCAUACAGUGCGUGAACGUUUGGAGCAUGCCAGAUCAGCCAAAUCACAGAAUGGGAUGGCCUUAAACUUUGGACGAAUCGCGAAACCUUUGCGAGGACGUGGCGCAGCUGUGGAAGAUGAAUUAACGCCUGCUUCAGCGGUAUCGGCCACCACAACACGUGACAAGCGAUCUUCUUGGAUUCCUUCAUUCCGAUGA